UGGACUUUGCUGCCUACUGCUAGUCCUGGUUACUUUAUUCACUUUGGCAGUGAAAUGAACUCUGAGAAUGAAUUCAUUCAACUCUCUACCUCAUCGCGAUCGCGAGUUUUGCUCAUGACAAAACCGAAACCGCAACAGUAUUUUGUGAAUACCUCCAAGUGUCAUAUUCCCUUUGUGGAUCCCUUCAACAUGGAGGUUAUGGAGAUAUAUAAGCCGCAGAUACUGGUCACUUGCUCCAAUGAGACUGACCUAAUCUCGACCGAGUAUAACUCUCGGCUGCAGCGAUAUAUCCUUCACAUUGACGAGGAAGUUGCCCAGCAAUUGAUGAACUUCACCGAAUCGGAGUAUAAUUGCUUCUACCGUGAAAUAUUGUAUGGGAAGAAAGUAGAUAGCUAUGACAAUCUCAAGGCGAUUAAGUUUACCGAUGGCUAUGUGGUGCCGGAGCAUGUAGAGGGUAUGGUUGUCGAAUGCCACACGGCGGAGGAGCCCAAGGUGCUCCUCCAGAAGGAUGCCUUCACCUUUGUCCAGCAUCAGCCGUUGCCCAGGAAUCUGCAGCAGCCGCUUGCCGCCCGGAAACAUGUGAUUAUGUAUGGCAUAGAUUCUCUAUCCCGCAUUAAUCUGCGACGUACUAUGCCCAAGGUUUUUAGUUUCCUGCAAAGUGAUGGUUGGUACGAAAUGCAGGGAUACAAUAAGGUGAGUUGGCGACAAUUCGUUCCCAACAUUUUAGCCAUUCUAAGUGGCUACUCGGUGGAGGCGGCCAAAGAGCAGCUCUGCGAUACGGACAGCGGUUGCCUGGAUGAGAUGCCCAUGAUAUGGAAGUACUUUAAGAAUGCCAGCUACCUGACUGCAUAUGCAGAGGACGAGAGCAAUUCGAAUCACUUCAAUUACCUGAAACCAGGAUUCUCAAAGAAACCCGUGGACUAUUACUUCCGGCCCAUGUUGAAAGCUCUGGAGUCUGAAAUGAAGGUGUAUCGGUUACCGGAACGUGAUUAUAUGCGAUAUUGUCUGGGCCGUCGGCUGGCAAAUCGAUAUAUCUACGAUUAUGGGCAACAGUUUACCCAUAGAUUCGUACAGGAACGUCCCAUUUGGGUGUUCUGGUCGAAUCACUUCAGCCACGACGAUCCCUUUCUGCCCUCCGCAUGCAGAAAGGUCCUAGGCGAUCUGCUUGAUUUCAAGAUGGAAGGAGCAUUCGAGGAGAUGAUCAUGAUCUUUUUCGCCGAUCAUGGUUCACGCUAUGGAAAAUUGACAAGGCUAAAGGAGGGAUUCCUUGAGGAGCGGCUGCCCAUGAUGUUCAUAUAUCUACCGCCUUGGUUCCGUGAGACAUAUCCCACAUAUGCACGGGCACUGGAGUUGAAUCAGCAUCGAUUGAGCUCCAACUUUGAUUUGCACAAUACACAACACAUUGUCGAGAUUGGCGGUACACCGGAUGGUCCAACUUUGCCCAAAUCCUUCGAUUGUCCCACCUGCCAGUCCCUGUUCUAUCCACUGCCCGAGGAUCGAUGCUGCGAGGAUGCGGGCAUCGAGGAACAUUAUUGCACCUGCGAACCCUACAUUCCCAUCAGUGGCAAGGACUGGACCGAUGAUAUUUCCAAGAGCGUAAUCGAUCGAAUGAAUGAGUAUUUUGUUCACAAGAAUCUCAGCAAACUGUGCAGUAAUCUAACGCACUAUGUCCAUAAAACCGAGAUCAAGGCGAGUCUGAAGAGAACCAGCUUGUAUGAAGAUCUUGGAGAGUUGGAGACGGCUGUCUAUCGGGUUAAAUUCAAGGUUUACCAGAGUGCCGACUUUCAGGCCACCGUUGUCUAUAAUAAUGUCACGCAAAAUGCUGAAGUUAAUGUGGAAAAAAUCAGUAGAACUAACUCCUACAAAGGGGACUCAGCCUGCAUCGAUGACAAACUGGCCAAACUUUACUGCAUUUGCUAUAGUGCCAUGCUGUAGGAGUCUCU